GACUGACUGCAGCGCCCUGUUUCCUUUCGCCGCUGUAAAUGGGCAAGUGCGCGAGCUCCGGCAAAAUUCAAGUCAUCAACGGUCAUAAACUUUAAUCACAAACAGCGUACAACUCUCAUUUUUACAUCGGCUGUUAGUAAAUUAAGCCAGGCUGUUGUUUCUGAAGCGCCUCGGCGUAGUUUGGUGGUUAGUUUGAGGCGUUAACAGUGUAAAAGAGGAGUUGUGGGUGGGUUUGGCGGUUAUGGCAGCACCGCGACCCAUUAAAGGGAUCCUGAAGAACAAAUCCAGUAUCAAAGCCCGACCCGAGGAGCCAGUCCAGGACACUUCCGAGCCAGGAGCCCCUAUAAACUCCGAAGACGACCAGCAGAAGAAGUCUCAGAAAUGGGAUGAAAUGAAUAUUUUGGCCACAUAUCACCCGGCGGACAAGGACUAUGGGCUGAUGAAGAUAGACGAACCCAGCACGCCAUACAACAGGAUGGUCGGCAGUGACGAUGAUGAGGGGGCGCUCAGCGAUUCGGACGGGAACACAGUCCUACCUGGAGAUGACCUCGCUAAGAAGCUGGCGGCAGCGGCGGAAGGAGCAGGAUCUCGCUUCAUGGAGGAACCAGAAGAGGAGAGCAGUGAGGAAGAGGAGGAGGAGCUGAGUCCGGAGGAGCAAGCCAGAAAGAAGCAGUUUCAGAUGAUGAGGAAGAUGCAUUAUAAUGAAGGUAUGAACAUUAAACUAGCCCGACAACUCAUGGCCAGUGAGCUGGAAGAGGAGGAAGACGAGGACGAAGAGAUGAAGGAUGACACGGAGACCGAGGACAUCACCGUUGACCCCCCACAAGAGGCUGAUUCGUUGGAUUUAUAAGGAUGUCAAGAUUUUGUCCCACGACCGUCUGGAAGGCAGCAUGUCGUCACCGGUUCAGCUUCGGGAUCCCCCUCCACCCCGUGUGUCCUACCAACAGCACAAUGCCACGUAUAUCAUCCAGCUCCAUUAUUUGCCAAACGUUUAUUGUCAUCACGCUAAGAAACGAGACUGUUAUCAGACAGGUCCAGGCCUGGACUCCACCCUCUUCCUGUGGCGAGAGAGUGGGAGUCCGCUCAGAAGUGUGCUUGUGUCUUACACCCCUAAUGAUCCACAAUCAACCGUACACUGUAUGUGAAUCCCCACCUCUUGUAGUGAUUGAGUUUAAUGUGAUCUGACCAGGCCGGUGGUUUAGGAUGCGCCGCUAAUGGAGGACGGAUGUGGUCCUGGGCUCUGACACACAUCGCUCACAUGAGCUCUACUGUAUGCACGGCUUCUGAAAACCAUGUUUAACCUCAUCGCCACUAAUAGUAUCUUAACAGGUGAGUAUUACUGAACUAGAUGUCAAACUACUGAUCAGUAGACUGAACCCUGUGGUUGUCUCUGUUGCUUUUCCAAAACUGUUUAACAGAUGCUGAACAGUUCUGAUGGAUUUUGACUUGGCAUCCUUAUUGAGCUUUCUUUGUUUUGAUCGCCUUUUUAUUUCCUAAAUGCCAUUUAUAAUGAGGUGAUUUCUUUCUAUGAUUGCUGAAGAAUAUAAUUAUCCUUUCAGUACCUAAUAAAAGAAAAAAAUCAUAAU